AUGCACACCCUCAACAUGCAGGCCCUGUGGGCUCUGUCGCCCUUGCUCUUCUCCGCUGCCAGAGCACUUCCCCAAGCGAGCGUCACCCCGACUCCUUCGUCGUCCGUUCCUUCGUCAAGCGCCCCUGCUCCUACCGCAACAGCAGGUGGAAAUCCCUUCGAGGGAUAUGACCUCUAUGUGAACCCCUACUACAAGUCCGAGGUGGAGAGCAUUGCCAUUCCAUCCAUGACUGGCUCGCUCGCUGAGAAGGCCAGCGCUGCAGCCAAUGUACCGUCUUUCCACUGGCUUGACACAGCAGACAAAGUCCCCCAAAUGGGCGAGUUCCUCGCGGAUAUCAAGAGCAAGAACGAUGCCGGAGCGAAUCCCCCAACUGCGGGUAUCUUCGUCGUCUACGAUCUCCCUGACCGGGACUGUGCGGCACUGGCUAGUAACGGAGAGUACCUGAUUAGCGAUGGUGGAGUCGAGAAGUACAAGGCGUAUAUUGAUUCCAUCCGGGAGCAGGUUGAGAAAUACUCGGACACUCAGAUUAUCCUGGUUAUCGAACCCGACAGCUUGGCAAACCUGGUGACCAACAUGAAUGUGCAAAAGUGCGCCAACGCCCACGACGCCUAUUUGGAAUGUACCAACUACGCCUUGAAGCAGCUGAACCUGCCCAACGUUGCGAUGUACCUUGAUGCCGGUCACGCCGGAUGGCUAGGCUGGCCCGCCAACAUCGGCCCAGCAGCCGAGCUCUACGCCUCCGUAUACAAGGACGCAGGAUCCCCCGCCGCCGUCCGUGGUUUGGCCACGAACGUGGCAAACUACAACGCCUGGUCUAUCGACACCUGUCCUUCAUACACACAGGGCAGCAGCGUCUGCGAUGAGAAGACGUACAUCAACAACUUCGCCCCGCAGCUGAAGAGCGCUGGAUUCGAUGCUCACUUCAUCGUUGAUACUGGUCGCAACGGAAACCAGCCCACCGGUCAAAGCCAAUGGGGCGACUGGUGCAACGUGAAGAACACGGGUUUCGGUGUUCGCCCUACCACCGAUACUGGUGAUGAGCUUGUCGAUGCUUUCGUCUGGGUUAAGCCCGGUGGUGAAAGUGACGGAACCUCUGAUUCCUCUGCAGAGCGCUACGAUGCUCACUGCGGAUAUGCUGAUGCGUUGACGCCUGCUCCGGAGGCUGGUACUUGGUUCCAGGCUUAUUUCGAACAGCUGGUUCAGAACGCUAACCCUUCUUUGUAA